AUGCGCGCCAACAAUCCCUACGCCUCUUCCUACCCCUCCUACUCCUCCUACUCCUCCCGCACAUCGCCUCCCCGGCCCUCUGCCUCGCACGCAUACAGAUCACACAGACGGAAGAAGACAUGGCCGCCGCCCCCCAGCGUCGAGGACGAGCCCGACGCCCUGGCAAAAGAAACGCCCUCGGUUGCGUCAUCGCCACAACAACGGCAGGACGACGGUGAGCCGCCCGUCAACACGCGGGGAGCCGUCGACCAGGAAUCCAUCCUCGACGAGAUCGAGCAGCCAAAGCCUGCACAAGAUGCAGCUCCGUCCAAUAGCUCUGGCGAGCGCCCGCGGAGGAGCUUCGCAGAGCGUGGAUACGCGCCGCACAUUAAUACCAACGUUCCAGACCCGCCCGUCUUGAUUGAAAGAGAAAGGACGCCUUAUGGCUAUUCGCAUUCACAGAAGGAGUCGACCGCUCCUGGGCGGGCCGAUUACAUACGUUCGCCAGAGGCCAUGACCCCCUCCAGCAGUGCUUUCCCGAGACCAGACCCAAGUCGCGAUGCUGGAGACACGCACAAAGACUUCAGCGGCAGAGCCUCGAGGCCAAGGCCGAGCGGCAGCCGCCCCAGCUCCUACAUAAACUCCUCCCGGCCGUCAAGACCCCCUUCUCGAUACGGCAGACACGAAACGAUGCCGCUCCCAAAACCUCGCAUCGAUGUUCAGAGUCCCUCGCCGGCAAGGCCGCCCUCUUCGCACUCUACUUUGCCCUAUCCAAUGGACGACCAAAUGAUUGAUGUCUCUAUGCCACCAGAACAACACUACCAGUUUGACCACUCAGCCGUUGCCUCGCCCAGACAAGAUUAUAUCGAACCUCCCCGACCCUUAUCGCCAGUCGCUGUUGGCUCUCCAUACAUUAGAGAUACUCAAGCCCACCCAAGCAGACAGGACAGCAUCGAAGAUCCCGCGCUUUCCAGGAGAGCAAGAUCGAAUAGCGUUCGCUCGCAAGAUGGUCGCAGGGACAAAUCCACGCUGAGGCCUGCUUCACUGGAUUUGAAAUCACUGCCAGACUGUCCGAGAAGCAAGGCGUCGAGGGAGUAUGAUGAUUGGUACAGUCUCCGGGGGUUCAAAAACUUCAACAUUUGUCCAGAUUGUUACAAAGGUGUAUUCGCCGAUACUCGUUUCGCUCUGGAAUUCAAGCAGAUCUGGCUAAAUGAUUGGUCUAUCAAGCGGGCGUGCGACUUUAGCAACCCGUGGUCGCGCCUUGCUUGGUACCUCAUUGUCAAGCAGCGUCGGAAAUCACUCGAUAUUCUCUUCGCCGUCGCAGAUAUUACCGACACGUACAAGCCGUGCCCUGGCGAUCGUGAAAGGGACACCAACGAGGUCAGCUGGUAUGGUAUCGUUAAUCAGCGCGACGGUAUGUUUGUGCCCAACUUCGCCAUCUGUUCAAGUGACAGGCGACUGGCCGAAGCCUUGUUCCCGAGCAUGCGUGGCUACUUUCCCCGGAUCACUACUGGCUAUUCCAACAUACCAAGUAAAUAUACCUGCAGCUUCCGUACAAGCUCCCGCCGCCACAUGAAGUACCUGGAGCUUCUGAUGGAGCUUGACGAUGAGGCACAGUAUUCCGGCCGUCGACCCGACAUUGACCGUUUUGUCGACCUUGCGCGUGACUAUGCCUUCAAGGGCGAAUGCGCAAGAGACAAGGCGUUGUUCCGCAAGCCAUGGUACUUUAUUCCUCAACUGCCCGAGUUCACCGUGUGUGAGGAAUGUUACGAUAGAUUUGUCUGGCCUGCCAUGCAGUCCAAGUCGGUACCCUCUACCAUACCUCGUUUGUUCAACAAAUCCAUCCAGCUAGUCCCUGGCGAGGACCCGGAUGCCGGGUCGAGCUGCUGCCUGUGGAGCCCACGGAUGCGCAAGGUCUGGGUGCGAAGUGUCGAAGACGAGGACUUUGCAUAUCUAAAGCGAAAGGCUUUAGAGAGGAAGAAGGCACAAAUUGCCAACGUAAGAGAUAGAAAGGAUAUUCUCAGAGGACUGGGUAAUGCGGAGCCGGGCGAUAGCAAGUAUGAAUGGGCGAAGCGCGAGUUGGAGGUCUUGGACCGAGAGUGGGCGUCGUUUGAAUGA